AUGGGCAAGUUUGCAGCGGCUGCCCUCGGAGCAGCAACUCUGCUCGCCUCCAUCCUCCCCGUAACUGCUGCUUCUGGCACUGUGGGCUUCACCUUUGAGAAGCGUCGGGUACUUGCGCAGGACGCUCCUCAUUUGACACGACGUCAAUCCAAGACCAUCAAGGCAGGAUUGGACAACGAGAUUCUCCUCUACUUCAUCAACUGCACUGUUGGCACACCGGGCCAACCAUUCUCCCUGCAAAUUGACACUGGCUCCUCAGACAUCUGGUUUCCUGAAGCUGGUGCCGAAAUCUGUCAACAAAACGAUGGCUGCUCCGAGUUUGGAGCGUACGACGCCGAUGCUUCCUCCACUUUCGCCCAACUCGAUCUCCCAGAGUUCCAGAUCCAGUAUGUUGACGGCUCUCAGGUAGUUGGACAAUACAUAUCUGAUGUGUUGAACGUGGGCGGAGUAAAAUUGACAAACAUGACUAUGGCUGCUGCCCAACAAGCAAACACCCGAGCAAUCGGCAUCAUGGGCAUUGGGUUUGAAUUGGGCGAGGCCUCUGCCUCACUUGACGGCUUCACCUAUCCCAAUGUCAUCAAUGUCAUGAAGAAUGAGGGCUUCAUCAACACCCUCGCAUAUUCACUGUGGCUGGACGAUCUGGACUCCAAUACUGGCUCCAUUCUCUUUGGUGGCGUUGACACAAACAAGUACCACGGCGACUUGGUUGCUCUCCCCAUUCAAGUUGACUCGCAGACAGGUGUUAUUGACUCCUUUACCGUGGCUUGGACCGGGCUUACCGUCACUGGGGGGGGUCAGUCCUCCGACGUCUCCCCCAGCUCACCCCAACCCGCCAUUCUUGACUCUGGUACCACAGACACCUUGCUCCCCGACGACAUUGCCAACAGCAUCUUCAACGGUGUCGGUGUGGUGUCAGACCCACAGUUUGGCAAUGUGGUCCGCUGCUCUCUCGCCAACGAUGAUCUUACCUUUUCGUUCCAAUUCGGUGGCAAAGGUGGUCCUGUUGUCAAUGUCUCCCUAUCCGAAUUUGUUACACCCUUGAUUACAACAGACGGCUCUCAACCAACCUUCCAGAACGGCGACAUGGCAUGUUCAUUCGCCAUUGAUGCUGCAGGGAACGAUCCCAUCCUGUUUGGCGACUCUUUCCUUCGCAGCGCCUAUGUUGUUUACGAUCUUGAAAACAACGAAAUCGGUCUGGCCCAGACAAACUUUGACGCUACUGACGCCAACUCCAACAUCCAAGCAUUCCAGCCUUCGGGCAGUAUCCCCAAAGUUGUUUCGACCGCAUCAGCCGCAAGUGUGGCCCAAACAUUUUCAGGCAACCCAGAAAUCACACAAGCCUCGCUCACUGCUACUGGGGAACUGGGUGGCGGCACCUCUAGAAGCGCGACGUUCAACUUGACGCCUGCCACCGCCACGAGCACGAGCACCUCUGACUCCGGCAGUGGAGAUAGCUCAGGCAAUUCCAAUGCCGCGAAUGCCAACUUCCGCACUAUUCCUGUUGAGAGGACGAGUUUGUUGGCGGCAGGUGUUGUGGUGGUGGGACUAUUCUUUGGUGGUGGCUUGAUGUUGUUCUAA